AUGUUAUCCAAAGAUAUUUUAUAUGAUAUUUUUUCGUCUUUAUCUGGAUGCAAGAUUCCAUCUCAAUCAUCAGAACAAAUACUUCACUCAAUCGAGGAUCAAUAUAAAUAUUUAGAAAUCAUUCACAAAGAAAAUUCUGUUAAUGAAAUCGUAGAAAAUUACUCAUUUUUUCAAAACUGCGAUGGAUUCUUUAAUAGAAUCUCUUCGUUAUGCUAUAACUUAAUAGAUUCUGAGCACUUAUCAUCAAAAAUUAUUGGAAUUACAUCACUUACUAAAUUAUUUCUUCAAGUCCCAAUUCAACUUGCAUCUUUCAAUGGAUUUAUGAAUAAAAUCAUUAGCACACUCAAAGAUAAGUCAAUGCCUCUUCAUUUAAGAAUAAUUGCUUCAAAUUGUUUGUUUGAAAUACAAAAAGCACAUCCCGAACUAAUGAAAAUAAAAGAUAAUGAGCUAUUUCAGAUAGCUAAUGACAUCCCAACUCAAACUUUUAUUCCGCCAAUUCUUCAAUCGAAUAACCCUGAUAAUCCAAUGCUCGACUCAUUUGUAAAUCAAAGAUUUUACGCAUUGAAUCCUUUUGAGAAACUUGUUUUUACUCCAAAAAUCUUUUAUCCAGAAAAUACAAUUCCAAAUGAUCCGAUUCAAUUAAAUAAUUUUCUAGAGCACAAAUCAAUAAAUAAAUCUCAAGCCUUGUCGAUUUUGGAGAAUCCAAUGUCAUCAUUUGGUCUUUCUACUGUAAUCGAAAGAUCUUCCCAAGAAUUCAACUUUUCUGCUGAAGAACUCAUCCAUGAAACUGAUUCUGUAUCAACUAUUUCCCUUAAAAGCCAACUUUUACCUCCAACAAUUGAUACAAUUCUUGGAUCUCAAAUUCUUUCCAAUUUCUCAAGCCAUUCAUCCGAAUCCACACUUGUUAAAUCAAUAUUUAACUUAUCACUCCGAUUCCCUCCUCAAGAUGUUGUUUCUUUUUUCCAAAAAUUUUAUCCAAGUUCUCAAGCUCUUGAUGCGCAUUGGUAUAACUUAUUCAAGCAUCAAAAUGAAGCUACCAAAAAUACUUUGAUCUGCUUUAUGGCCCAAUAUCCUUCGAGAAAAGCAUUUAUUAAAGCAUCCAUUAAAUUUGAGCCAUUUUAUUCAGUUCCUGCUAUUUAUAACAUCGACAAAGAAGAUAAUGAUAUGUGUAAAUUACUUUCUACUCCAUUAAAAGAAGGGAAAGCCUUGGCUUCAAUAUUUGCAAAAGAAAAAUUGUCAAAUAUGCCAGAAGUCAAAGAUAUCAAUGAAAAAAUUGAACCAAAAGAUAUUGAAUUCGUUCCUGAUAUGUUUACAAUUCAAAAUAACGAGAUUCACGUUUAUAAUCAAUAUUCUGCUUUAGUUGUCUUGACAAUUGCUGCAAAACGGAAACUCAAAGAGCCCAUUGUUGGCAUUACUGUCACUGCUUCAUGUCCAGAGUGUUUCCACGCUGAUGGAUCGAGAACUAUUCCGAUUUCGGACUUUUCUAUGCCAGAAGAAGUCGCUAUCGAAAUGAUUGCCAAGAAAGCAGCAAAUACACGAAUGAAUUUCCGUGUUGUUUUCUCAACUCUUUCUGGAGAAACAAAAUACACAAUUAUUGAACCUAUAAAUAUUCAAAUGUUCCAGCUUUUCUCUUCUAGCGACGCAGAUUUCUUAAUGGCGUGUGCAGGAACUCAAGAAAGUCGCUUAUUUUUGCAAAUUAAAAUGAAUGAUUUGGAAAACCUUCUAAGACAAACGGUUUUCGGAGUUUCUUUAGUUAAUGAAGGUAGAGAAAUGCACUGCGUUGUUACAACUCCUGAUGGACAGCUUAUUGGAUUAAGAUUCAUUCAGAAUGGAAAUGGAAUAACAGUUGUGAUGAAAGCAAAUGAUAUUUCGUAUGUUGCCUCUAUUGAUAGCUUCUUAAGAAUUAUUCAUAAUAUUGUUAAUAAAAAUUAA